GGCCAAGUGGAAGAAUCCUGUGAGGAGGGUUGGUGAUAGAAAGGCUGGAUGAUCCCCACCAUUUUAAGCCAUACAAGAAGAUGCUGAAGUGUUGAACGCAUUGGUACUGAUAUUGUACUAGCGUUGCUCCUCUACUUCGAGCCAGCAUGUCGAAGAAAUCGGAGACUCCGCUUUCCUUGUCUGACUGCCUCUGCCAAAUUUGCAUGGAGAUCUUUGUGGAGCCCGUCACGCUGCCAUGCAACCAUACCCUCUGUAAUUCUUGUUUCCAGCUGACCGUUGAAAAGGCCAGUCUUUGUUGCCCUUUUUGUCGGCGUCGAGUCUCUUCUUGGGCACGAUAUAAUGCCCGCAGAAAUACUCUUAUCAACUGGGAACUCUGGGAGAAGAUUCAGAAGAAUUACCCGAAGGAGUGUGAGCGUAGGAUUAACGGACAGGAUUUGGAAGAGGAAAUAUGUGUCCCCCAUCCGCAACACCAGCUGAGCAAGCCUGGGGAACUGAGGCAGGAAUAUGAAGCAGAGAUUAGCAAGGUGGAGGCAGAAAGGCGAGCACAUGAACAAGAGGAGAACAAGGCAAGUGAGGAAUACAUUCAACGGCUUCUAGCAGAAGAGGAGGAGGAACACAGAUUGGCAGAAGAGAGACGGAGGGAAAUGGAGAAACAGCUGAAGCAAGAUGAAGAGUUGGCAUGGCAGCUCAGUAACAGUCUGAAUGACGAUUCCAAAGGACAUGUGCUCAGCAGUCCUUCACCAGCACACAGUCUCUCAUCUGAAACAUCCCCAGCUAAUUUGUGUAAGAUGAAGAACAAACCAAGCAACUCUGGAGACAUUCAGAAGUAUCUGUCUCCAAAGCUGCUUCAUACAUUGGGAUCAGCAUCAUUCUCUAGAACAACAGAAAGAGGCAGGAGUGACUCUGGCUCUGUGGAAACCAAUAGCAAUGAAGGCAGCAGUUCUGCGUGGCAAGAUGAGCAAGAGGAAAUGCCAACACUGUCUCCACAGCUGACUGGUGUGAUUAAAGAUUCCAGUGCUAAGGAUUCGUUUUUGGAAUCAUGCAUGAACUAUUUCAGUGCCUCAGCUUCAGGGGAGACCGCCACUGUCAAGCAGGAAAAAACACCAGAACCAAAUGGUCUAAGAGACGUUCCAGAUGCGCUUCAUGGAAUCGCAAAAGGGGAAGGGUCUAGAACACUUCUUUGUAGAUCCAAAGGAGAUGAUGAUGGAAUUGAGUCAUCAGACAGUGGCAGUUUAACACAUGUAGAAAGCAUAAACCUUGAAAACUCUGCUGAAACUUGUACCUGUAUUCAGUCAGCAACAAAUUCUGUGGUGUCUGACAGCAAAAGCGUAACAUGUGAUCUCAUGAAGGUGGCUAGACACUCAGAUGAAGAGAAACCAGAGAGACUGCAGAACACUAAGGAGACUCCAAAAAGAAAGUCACUGGAGCCACCAGCUGAAGCAGUGGUUGACUUGUGCGUGCUUGGUAAAAGGAGAAGAACUUCUCCUGAAAGUUUAGAGGACCAAGGGGAGCAGAUAAAUGAUUUUAACUUGCAAAUGCAGAAAGCCUUUGAGCAGGAGUUCUAUGAAAGGCGUAUGCAAGAGGAGCAGGACAGGCUUCUGGCUCUGCAGCUACAAAAACAGAUCAACAAGGAGGAAAGGACACUUAAUCGACAAAAGGGCUCUCCAGAUGAGUACCUACUUCGCACCAAACCACCUCAGUCUGUGAAAGACUCUCCUGCUAGAAAGGGAAGUUCUAAGAUGGCAAAAGACUCAAAGGUACCAAAAAACCAGGCUGAAACAAAUCACCGCAAGACUCGGAAAGGUUCUUGCAAUGAAAACUGGCAGUCCCCUACCAGAGUCCGAAUGAAAUCGCCCAGCAUCAAGGGAGGAAAAGUUUUGAAUUGUGUGGUUAAUACCAGUGAUGCAAGUGAUAUUUGUUCGCUACCUAAGAAUAAGCAAAAGACAAUCCUUCAGAUGUUUAAAAGCUCUGUUGCAGAGUAGAUCACACGGUGGAAUGAGAAUUAAAACCGUGGUAAUGCUUUCUCCUGUGUUAGGCAAAGCUUCCUGUAAACAGUUUUGAAGUUGUUGGUUUUGAGGGGGAUUGCUUUGAGUCACAAAGUUGUGUAUUCUGAGAAGUUUUAAUAACGUACACCCCCAGACUUUAAAAUAUUUUAAUUCGUCUUUUCUUGACUACAGGUUAUUUUCUAGCACUUCCAUUUACAUAAUUUUGAAUGUGAAUACUGUUAGUGUUUAAAACCAAAAAUAACUGAUGGUCUUAUCUUAGAAUGAGAAUUCAGAGCCUUUUAUGGAAAGGAUGCACAUUCCACGGAGGAAACAAGCGAAAAAAUGAGUCUGUAUUUCCAGUUGUCUGCCAACUGCAAGAUUGAAGCUUUACGUGGCACCACCACUGUUCCGUUAGCCUAAAUCCCAGUAGCAUGUUUCGGUUUACUUAUUGAAUUGCAUUGUUCGUGUGACAGUUAACAAGAGUAUAACCGGACAGCCAGUCUUGCAGACACACUUUUUCCCUCUCCCUCUCAUAUACUAACUCCUUUCUUAGACAAAGAGGGAAAAACCAGAUCAUUCUCCCACUGCCAAAGCCAAGGAUCUUUCACAGGUGCCAAUAGUAUAAGUGGUUGUGGGCUUGUAUUUACCUCUGUUAAUAGAGGUCACUUCUGCAGAUCUGACUUUCACUGUUGUUAGGAAAAAGAUACUUUUGGUUUUUUAUUGCUAGUGUUCUGCAACUUUAUUCUUGUACGAGAAUAUUACUUAUCUUUAGUACUAUUUAAUUUUCAUACUCAAACUGGUUUGAGUCUGAUUAAAAACAUAUAAUAUUAAAAAAAUAGUUAGUCCAGAAGACAGUUACGAUGGAGAAAGUUAAACGAAAAGGGGGAAAAGCAGCUGAAAACUGGAGUUGUCAGUCAUGACGUAACUAUAAUUAAAGAUUCACAUAACUACCAUGCCGGGCUGUAACUGGCUCCCCCCCGCCAUUUUUAGAGGAACUACCAAAUACUGUCUUCCAGUUGGGUUUAAAAACUAACAUCAUUCAAAAGAAUUACAAUUUAGACGUGGGGAAGUUGAGGCCUGUAGGAGGUUGAGGCUUGUGAAGAGUUGACCAGCUGCCUCUCAGCAGAGGAAGUAUUUUUGCUAGAUUGUUUUAUCUGUUGCUAUUAUGAAACCAUCUUUUGGCCUUUCUUUGCUUGUAAUGAGAUACUUUUCCACUGUACCUGUUUGAAAGAGAGCAAAGCACCAAUCUACAUUGCUGAAGUGUGUGUGGUAAUCACCAAAGUUUGCAGAUGUUUUAAAUGCGUACUAUUUUUGAACCUCAUUGAUGAUCUAUAGACUUUAACUCAGUUCUGGGAAAUUUGUAACAAAAUACUUCAAAUCAGUAUCUUCUGAUGUUUUAAGUUUACAAAAAAAAACCCCACAACCUGAAAUGUUAUUGAAAGCAUGAACAGCACACCAAGCCAAAAAUGUGAACUGUUUUUUUUUUCGUUGCCUGCGUGUCUCUCUUAAUGGUGGGUUUCGCAUAAAUAAAUGGUCUAUUCUAAGAUGCUUUUUGAGAAAGUUACAAGAGGUGACCACUUGCAAAUCAUUCACUGUUCCUCUUGCUGCCUCAACCAUUGUGCUGGAAGCCUGCCUUCAAUAUAGAUCUGUUUCUGUUUAAUCCUUACCUUCAUAUGGGUUGUUUUCUGUCUUACCCAGGCAGUUAAGUAUCAUCCUUCAUUAAUUAGAAGUGUUCUUUAAGGC